GAAGGAACUUACUUCAUUGCCCAACAAGUCGAAUGGCAACGCCGUCAGCACCACCCGACCGCGGCCUCCGCCUCUCGUACUUGCGCCACUUUAUCAACGAGCAUGGCGGCGAGGCUGAGUUUGCUGGCAAGACGACAGCCCAAGUCUGCUUUGAGUUUGUCGUGCCAUUGACCAAACCGUCCGAGCUCUCGCUCGUCGACCACGUCGCCAACGACCCAAUGACCGCUUCGUUCGUUGGCCCGGCCAAUUGGUAUGUUAGCCACGCCUGGCAGUACCUCUUCUUGGAGACCGUCGACAGCCUCGAGCGCUUCUUCGCCGACCGAGAUCUUAGUGACGACGCGGUCCUUUGGUUUUGCGUCUUCAACAACAACCAGCACCUCGCGAGCUCGUACCCGUUCGAGUACUGGUCGACGACGUUCAAGGACAGCUUGGCUGCGAUCGGCAACAUGGUCAUGAUCAUGCACCCGUGGAACGACCCGAUCGUACUUCGUCGAAGCUGGUGCGUGUUUGAGGUCUACGUCGCAGUGACCAUGGGCGCGCGCUUUGAGAUUGCACUGGCGCAUGAUCAAGAAGCCACGUUCCUCAGUGAUAUUACCAUCUAUAACGCGUUUAGCAAGAUGCUCGCGACGAUCAAGUGCGAAGACUCGGUAGCCACCGUGCCGAGUGACCGCGACGGUAUAUUUACCUUGAUUCGCGCCGAGACGUCGUUCAUCGCGGUCGACCGGCUCAUCUUCUCCACCUUGACGCACUGGAUCAAGCAAACGCUCGAGGCGUCGAUUGCGUCUGCGUCCUCGUCGCUCGAGAAGGCGUCGCGGUGGCGGUAUCUCGGCGUCAUUCACGACGCCUUGAACGACCACGCGGCGAGCGAGCGCUGCUUCCAGGCAGCGGUCACCCUCUUCUUGGCCGCGCACGGGCCCUUGAACGAAGAGACGCUCUUGCUGCAGUCGCUUGCCGCCUUUGCGCGGGCGUACCAGCGCACGCCCCAGUCCGAAUGGGAGCCACGGCUUCGGUCGACGCUCUCGACCGCGCUUCAGCAUCUCGGCGAGACGCACCCGACGACGCUGGCGGCGCGUAGCAACGUGGUGUCGUCGCUCUGCCACAACGACGCGCAUGCGGAAGCACUGCCGCUGGCGCUGGAAGAUUUCGACGUCCGACGCUCGCUCUACGGCCUAUGUGAUUGGCGCACGAUGAGCGCCAUGUCGACCGUCGGUCUGGUCUACGUCAGCCAACACGAGGCGUAUCGUGCAUCGCGCUGGCUCCGGAAGGCGCUUGGCCUCCAAGUGACGCACUUGUGCCGCGAACACAACGACACGAUCGGUACCAAGUCCCGGCUCGUGGAUGCCUUGCUGCAGAUGGGCGACGGCGUCCAAGCACGCGCGCUCGCCGAGUCGGUGGUCGCUUCUCGGGCGCGCACGUACGGUGCGACGCAUCCACGCACGGUUGCGUGUCGCAUCAACUUGGCGGCGUCGGUGCUCAUGACGGGCGAUGCGGCUCUCGCGUCGGCGCAAAUGCUUGCGUUGACAACGACCCUUGGCGCGGACGACCCAACUCGUUUGGCCGUGCAACUCAACUUGGGCGUCGCGUAUGCCAUGCAAGCCCAAUGGGCGAAUGCGCUGGCGUCGUUCAUUGACGCCUUUGCCAGCGCACCGUGCAAGGUGACGGCGUGGCUCCUCUAUGGGUUUGCAGUCCACGCCCCACUACCAGUCUCCAAGAAAGGGCUCACGCUUGUCCGCGACUUCAUUAUCUCGAGCUCCGAUGCGCAGCCCGAGACGUGGCCGACUCGAUGCAUGGCGUGCUACACGCCCGUCACGGGUACCCUCCGGCCAUCGCGGCUCAUGCGGUUCUGCCAACAUGACCCAAAGGAGACAACGUGGAAGAUGACGCUGCCGCCGCGCCGGUACUUUUAUGAAGCCGACCUCUGUGCGACCGAGACGGCGCACUACGACGACAUCGAUGGGCUCUUCGCCGCGUACGAGCGUCACUGCGAUAUGCACAACGACCAGCGGACGCUCGACGCCUUCCUCGCCGCCAUGCCCACGCCGAUGCUGUCGCGAGCGCUCAUCGCCUUGCAGGACCUCGUCGCGACGCCCGAUACGUCGCUUCUCUUGGACUGGCCCACGAUCGUGCUGCGCCGUGCACCUGCGUUGGCGUCGACGAUGGCGAACCUGCGGUCGCUCUUGCCGCUACAGCCGUCGCUCUCGGCGGUUGCAGUCUCGGGCACCGACCUCGUCUACCUCGGGCCGCUCGCGGCCAUGACCACUGCAAUGACAGUCGUUUUUUGCUCCGAUCAGACGACCGAUCUCGCAUGGACGCACUGGGUCCGCGACUUUGGCCGGCGCUGCCCGCGCCUGCGCGUGCUUGAAAUCCGCGCAUCGGUAGGCGACAACCUCGGUCUGAUCCAGCCGCUCCUGGACAUCCUAGCCUACCCUGCGCUACGGCUCUUGUCGCUCCGAGGCGACUUUCUUCUGGACGUCGCGUCUAUCGCCGUACUCCAUGCGUGGCUGGAGCGGGGCGGCGACCGUGGGCUCCGCUUGGAUGGCACCCAGUUUGCGGAUGCGGCCGACCCACUGCUCUACAAUGCCUUGCAUACGAUCCGGUCGUUUGUUGAGUUUCGUGUGCGCAACGUGCGGGGCCUCUCGUGGCUGCUUCCGGCGUUGCGCAGUGCGAGCCAACUGCGCACACUCGACCUGUCGGGCCACGGCUCGCUCUGUCCCAACGCGAUCGCCGCGCUGCUCCCGCACUGGCCGCAUCUCCAGACGCUCGACUUGUCCAGGAAUCGCUUCGACUCUUAUCACGAUGUGGUGCCCUUGAUGUCGGCCAUGGGGCAAUGUCCGAUGCUCCGGCACGUCGUCUUGCAACAGUGCAAGCUACCGCAGUCGGUGAUUUCUCCGCUACUCGGCUGCAUUUCAGCGUGGCCCUCACUUCGACGCCUCGACCUCGCUUGCACAGGUUUAUACCUUCCUGCACGAGCGUUCCGUGCAAUGGUGACGGCGCUCGUCGCGUGCCCAGACUUUGCGUUUUUGAGCGUGUGCUUCCCGCUGCUUACCGAUGCAAUGUGGCGCGACAUCGUCCCGACGCUCGGCGCCGGUCUCUUGCGAUGGCGGCGUAUUACGUUUAGCGAGUGCCAACCCACUGCCGUCCAAGUGUUGCAGCUGCUGCGCCGCCUCUUGGAGCACAACCAACAAGCAUUUACGGUGACCUGCGGCACGAUCAGCUCUGCUGAUGCGUUGCAAAACGAGUAUACUGGGCUGCUCCACGAGCUCGGGCUCUUGCCACCGCCACGCGCGUCGUGUGUCGUUGCAUUUGAGGUCGAGGUGUGA